GUAUUUAGUUUUAGAAUACCUACAUCUUAUUCUGAAGGAUGGAAUUUAUUUGAUAUUGCAAAAUUUGGUACCCUCUUGGAGGUGCUCUUUAUUAAUCAGCAAAAUGUAAAGAGUAAGAUAUCAAAGGAAAAUGGUUUAAACAAUAAUGAAACUGAUCGUAAAAAUUAUACAAAUGCCAUAAUGCCUUUAUCUUACACACGCCAGCCUUUCGCCAGUCUUCAG